CUAACGAAAGCUCCUAUCGCGUUGAUUCGCACCGGGCUUAAACGCGUAUGACGUUUGCCCUAGCGAAUCAGCUACCUAUCAUUAUCAAAGAAGUAUUUCUUCGACUGAUAGGAACGCCUUUGCCGCCUCUAGUAAGGCUUCCAAGUGCCCACCAGCUCACUAAUUGAUACGGCUGUACGAAGGUUUGUCACAAAUCAGUCUUACAUUCGGCGUGCCGCGAAACGGUUCGAUUUUUCUGGACUCGGAAAGGCUCCCUUCGAUUUCGUUAAGCGAGAACAAAAAACAUCCGUUAACAUGAAUCUAGAACCCUUUGAUAUUGACGUGUCCCCACCCGGACCGGAGCUGCUGGAGGUUUCACGCCGAGAACUGCGCGAAACACCGGAGGUACGCGAAGCUGCCACCCUGGAACUUCGCCAGCUGCUGCACAAUGCCACCGAUCUGCACUUCCGGGACGAUGACGACUUUCUGCUGGUGUUCCUGAGACCGUGCCACUUCUAUCCGAAGAGUGCGAUUGCUAUGAUGCGACGUAUCGCGGAUUUCAAGAAAAACAACUUCCCUCUGAUGCACAACCUCUACCCGGAGGACGAGAAGGUGGCUUUCACCGAGCAUGGCAUCGUCAACGUACUGACUAACAGGGACCGGAAGGGGCGCCGUAUUUUGCUACUCAACGUGGGCAAAGUCUGGGAUCCGAAGCAGGUUAGCCCGGAGAAGCUGUUCCGGAUGCUGUUCCUCAUCCAUUUGGUUGCCCAGCUGGAGGCAUCCACACAAAUCAACGGAAUCGUCAUCAUCAUGGACUUCGAGGGUCUGUCGCUGAAGCAGGUUCGUGCCCUGUCGCCCUCGUUUUCUCGACUGCUGCUGACCUUCAUCCAGGAAGCGGUUCCACUGCGAAUGAAGGAAGUACACAUCAUCAAGCAGCCGUUCAUCUUCAACAUGGUUUGGACUUUGUUCAAGCCGUUUAUCGGCGAGAAACUUCGCAACAGACUCGAAUUUCACGGCAGCGAUAUGAAGAAGCUGCACAAAUACAUCGAUCCGAGUGAUCUACCGAAAAACUAUGGCGGAUCGCGACCUGCCUUGGAUUAUGGUUCCCGCGAUUGGUACCCUUGCAUCGAGAAGUACGUCGACCAUAUCGCCUUGUGGAAUACGUACGGCUACGCAAAUGCCCUCUGAUUAUGCGUAAUUACCGUUUGUUUUGUGUGUUUCAACGGAAAACGAGCCAAAACAAGGUUAGAGGACGACAAUGACGACUUCAGUGAUAUUAGUCGAAUUGAUUUAUUGGCAGCGAUAAGCACGUUCGAACCAAAAAAAAAGUGAACAGUGACAGUGAGUGUGUGCUAGUGACUAUUGUGAACGUUUAUUUUUCUUUCGAUUCUAUGAAAUCCUUUUAUUUAUUCAUUAGGAAACACUUACUACAGAAAAGGAUUGUCAAGCGAAUUUUCGAUUAAAAUACAGUGAACUUAGGAUGAAA